AUGACGGUGGAAAGCAAGAUGGCGUCCCCUGAUCUGCUCUCUUAUGGGUUCUCCGUGAUAGUAGCGCUUGGUGGUGUUAUUGGUUACAUGAAAGCCGGUAGGUAUGAGGGAAGUGAUUCUUUACACCCUGGCCAAUGCUUUUAAUUUGACAGUGAUGCUACAGAAAUACAAUGAUAGAGCGUGCGUGCUUUGUCAACACUUUUGGUGUGGCCUCGUGCUGCAGUACGUGUGCGCUUACGAAUGAUUUAAGUUACGUAACCGAAAAACAAAAUUUUUUGGAAAGAUUAUCACUUGAGACAGAACGAAUUUUCUAUGUACGUCCUGAACUUUUCACUUUUUCUACAUUCACAUGCAGGGCUGUCAACCCCCCACGUCUAUUGAUGGGGAGUGGGUGAUAGAUGACGUAAUAAUGGAGGCCACAUGACGUCAUUUUUUGGGGGAAAAAAAGGCGCGAAAAAGAUGUUGUUUUAAUUGUAACAUUUGACCUAAUUGGUUUACUUCCCACCAAUCAUUAUUGCUUAUAUUACAAUGGCAUACCAGAGUUUGUAAGGAAACGUUCAUAACAGAAAUAUAGCUCAAACAACGCAAAAUGUUUGAAUUUCAUUGUCAGAGAGUCCAAUCUACAAGAAAUGGCAAACUUCGGCAAUUAUCCGGGAGAUUUCAGACUCUAAUCUGGAGAUCAGGAGAAACGGUUUAAAGUCUGGAGUCUCCUGGAUUAUCUGGGAGAGUUCACAGCCCUGCACAUGUACCUAAAAGCCACCUGUGGUAUCUGGUUACUUCGUUCGGGGGUCUAGAAUACUCAGACCUCAGACCUCAGACCCAAAAACCUGGACACCCUCAAAUCUGGAAAACUCAGACCUAGAAACCUCAGACCCCACUGGAAAAUCUGACUAGAAAACUCAGACAGCGCCCCCCCCAUACUCCCCUCCGCCGGAAAAGAAAAAAGAUCUGUGAAACUCAGACCCUCAAACCACUGUUACUGCACCUAAUUUAUUAUUUUGUGGAUAACAUAAGCAAAUGACGCAUUUUUCUUUCUCUUUCUGAACUUCGAUAUGGUUGUUAUGAGUUUGCCUAUAUAUUUUGACAAAGUGAGACAGUUGAAAUAAUCAUUAUGAAGUUUUAAAGAAUGCCAGUUCUCUUUUUGAGUGACGUUUUUUGGGGGGUCUGAGUUUUUCAUCAUGAUUUUUUUUAGUUCACUAUUUUGCAUGAUGCUGCAGCAGAUUUAGAGUUAACUGAUUAUUUGAUUCAGCGAUAAUAUAAAAAUAUUGAGGGCAGUACUGACAAAACUGACUGUUUGAAUUCCAGGCAGUAUACCAUCACUUGCUGCUGGACUGACAUUUGGGGGAAUUUCUGCAGCUGCUGCUCACCAGACUUCAGCACACCCAAGGAACCUUUGGGUUAUGCUGGGUAGGUCACUCUGGUUACUACAAAUUAAUGAAAAAAUUGGUAGAAAAAUGCACAAGUUUCUCUGAUAGUUGCUUUAGCAGAUUACGUACACUUUCUCAAUAAAGGUAGUGACACUAGGGCCAUUUAUACGAGGAAAAAUAAGGCAUGUCUGAAAUAAGACGUGAACUGUACCAUUUAUACAAGCAUGUCUUAUCUAAUAAGAUGCGUCUUAGCUAAGCUGCGUCUUAUUUUAGACGAAAUGUGCCGUUUAUAUGGAAAGUUUGCGUUGUAUGUAAGACGCGCCUUAUUUUUCCUCGUAUAAAUGGCCCUAAUGUUGCCCUUUUUUAAGCAUUGAUAUUGAAGAAUUAAAGGCACAAGUACAGGAGAAGCACAACUUUAUACUUGCCAACUUUUUUAAAUUAAUAGGCGCGGCAUUUUUAUCCUCAGAGUUCCAGGGAUUUUCUUAGGGGUCCAAUAAUAUCCGAAGAUGUCCAAAGAUGUUCUCAGGAGUUCGGUCGAACAGUGACUUUCCCUACUAAAUUCAGAGAAAGUUGAUCACUCACAUUGACUUUUCUUUUCCCUCAUUGGUUUCAGUUUCUUUAAAUAAUUAAUAUAUUUUUCAAAAUGUGUCAGUUAAUGCUGUUAUCGCAUAGCUUGCGAGCAAGCUCUCCAGGGCGCUCUGGGGUUUGGUGGGACAAGGAAGGAGAGCUUGCAACUACGUCACUGGAAUUUGAAUUCCACCUCCAAUUUCCCUGUGACUCCCUGUCAAGUUAGCUGUCAGUCUGCCAAUCAGCGCAAUGCGGAAACGAGCAUAAAUGUAAACAAACAUUAAAAAACACAUGCCAAGGGUAAUGUUUUCAAUACUAAUAAUGUCAUCUCUGCCAAUCAGCAGUUUGCAUUGACCUUUUUGAUGAAGAUAUUCAAAUUCCAGAGACGUUCUGAAUGAGAAUUAGGCUAUAGGUAUCCAGCCCUAUUGACCUCUUCCUUGUUUGCUUUAUCUGGGGCACAAUUUGGUUUACCAUUAAUUUACUGUACCAUCUCUUUCUGAUUAUUGUUACUGUUUUUUCAUUACAGUGACAUCAUUAGUGUUGUCUGGAGUGAUGGGAACAAGAUUCAUGAAAACAGGCAAAUUUAUGCCAGCAGGACUGGUGGCUGGGUUAAGGUACUUGUAACACUCAAGCUUAUUAACUCUACUGACUGUAUGGAAAAUUUCAUUUAGAGCACUUUCACCACAUUGACAUGUUAAGGCCAAUUUAAAGAACUGGAUGCCAGUUUAAUUGUUGCCUGGAGAUAGACAACAGCAACCUUGAGAUUUAACAAAAAGUACAAAAUCAUUUGUGACUUUGGAAUUUCGAGCUAACUGAAUCUCAUUCUCAUUGUCCAGACCUUUGGUCCCAUCUGUGUGUGGCCAUUCCCAGAGAUUGUUUUUUCCCAAGUGGUUCCUUUUUCAUCGCAUACAUGUAAGAGUUAGAUCAGAGAGAGUGCUGUAAGGUGGAGCCUAUGAUUAUUUCCAAGAAGAGUAGAAAACGUUUAACCAUCUGCAGAUGUGAAACAAAGACAGCAUUUCCUUCUCAGUUACUUUAACUCUCUGAGUGUUGUUUCAGCUGGGAAUUGAACCCUGCCCUACCACACUGAACUCUGGUAGUCGCCAGCUGACUACUGGGAUGGAGGUUCUGUCUGGUUACAGUAGUAUUGACCACUGCCAUGUUAUUCUUGUUGAUUUUAGUGUUGCCCAAGCUGUGCGUAUGUCCUACCGACUGAUGAAUGAAUAGAAGCUGAUGACUGGAUUUACUGUUAGUAGUCACAAAGUAAUAAUCUAGGAUCUAGCAUUUUAAAAGACACAGUGGUUUGGUUUCGCAUCAGCUAGCAGGUUUCCCAUUUGUAUACAUGCACUUUACAUCUACCGUGACUCAUUCAAUGGCUGGAAAUUCAGCAAGAAUAAUACUUUGUAACCUCAUGCAGUAGAUUUCCUUCAUACAUGAGCAUAGAGAACCAUUUUGUUUGUACAUGUUUAGUACCUUCUUCUUAACAUUAUUUUUCAGUAGUGAGGUCUAAAAUGCAACAGCUGAAUACCGUGUGUAUGCAACUCUUUAUUGGCCACAGAUGUUUAGUACAUUGAUUUGUAUCAUUACACUGACUAAAAUGGCCUUUGAGGCACAAAGUUUCAAGGAAGCUAACUCACACCUGUCAUACAAAUAAAAUCCUGUGUGUUUUGUAGCCA